AAAUAAAGUCAAAUCAAAUGGAAUCAGUUGAAAAGUAUGUCCGCUAGUGGCGGUCGGCUGCGAGACGUCUGUUUUAACUAAUUUACGAUUUUUAUUUAUAUUGUUACGUUUCUAAAUAUUUAAUCGUGUUGUUCAGUUUUUAAUAAUAUUGUGUGUUGGUUUAUCGGCUGUACAGUUAUUGUUUUUUACGAAAUCUACUGGAACAGGUGAUGCCGAUAAGGGUUCCCCGAAUGGAUCGAUAUCGGUGACUGCGAGCUUGGACGAAAAAUUACGCCAAGAAAGGGGUUGUUCCAAGAUGGAGAAGUCGGCUCGGCCACGGACGGCUCUCAACGAGUGCGUGAAGGUGGUGGUGCGAUGUCGCCCGCUCUCGGAGAGAGAGAAGAACGAGGGCUUCGAGGAGGUGAAGAAAGCGCGCGAGCAGACCUGGUACGAGCGGUUGUCCACGAAGACGCCGGCGGACAGUAAAAAGUUUGAUGGGCGUUUACAGGUGGUGAAGGUGUGGCCGGAGCGCGGCGCGGUGCAGGUGUACAACCCCAAGGGGCAGGACAAGAUGUUCACGUACGACGCCGCCUACGACGCCAGCGCCGACACGCAGACCAUGUACGACGAGAUGGUGCGGCCGCUGGUGGCGUCGGUGCUGGACGGGUUCAACGGGUGCGUGUUCGCGUACGGACAGACGGGCACCGGCAAGACGCACACCAUGGAGGGCACGGCCGAGCACGAGGGCAUCAUCCCGCGCGCCUUCCGCCACAUCUGGGCGCACAUCGAGAACAGCGCCUCGCCCGACGUCACGCACCUCGUGUCCUGCUCCUACAUCGAGCUCUACCUCGAGGACGUGCGCGACCUGCUCGCCAAGGACUGCAAGAAGCUCACCAUUAGGGGACAGGAGCUGAACGGGUUCUACAUCCCGGAGAUGACGUCGGUGGUGUGCAAGAGCGCGGCGGAGAUGGUGCGCGUGAUGCGCGCCGGCAACCGCAACCGCGCCGCCGGCCGCACCGACAUGAACGAGCACUCCUCGCGCAGCCACGCCGUCUUCCUCGUCACCGUCGAGACUGCGCACCGCAAGACCAACCGGAUACGCGUGGGCAAGCUGAACCUGGUGGACCUGGCGGGCAGCGAGCGGCAGCGCAAGACGGGCGCGUCGGCCGAGCGGCUGCGCGAGGCGUCGCGCAUCAACCAGGCGCUGUCCUCGCUCGGCAACGUCAUCUCCGCGCUGGCCGAGAGCAGCCCGCACGUGCCCUACCGCGACUCCAAGCUCACGCGCAUCCUGCAGGACUCGCUCGGCGGCAACAGCAAGACCAUCAUGAUCGCCAACAUCGGCCCCGCCUCCUACAACUAUGACGAGACCAUCACCACGCUGCGGUACGCGCACCGCGCCAAAGCGAUCAAGAACAAGCCGGUGCGCAACGAGGACCCGAAGGACGCCAAGCUGCGCGAGUACCAGGCGGAGAUCGAGCGGCUGCGAGCGCUCAUCGAGCAGCGCCGCGCGCUCGACCGCAAGCCGCGCCGCCUGCCCAAGCCCCGGCCGCCGCAGCCCAGCGACAACUCGGAAGAGGAGACAGUCAGUAUAGAGAACGAGCAUAUACUGGCGGAGUCUACGAUCGAGCAGGAGAAGAAGCAGAUGGAGGAGCUGGAGCAGCAGAUCCUGGCGCUGGAGGAGCGGCUGGUGCAGGGCGGCGGCGGCAAGGACCUGCUCAACAACCUCAACGAGACGCAGCUCAUCCUCGAGCAGCGCCAUUGCGAGAUCACCGAGCGCAAGAAGCGCGAGGUCGAGAUGCAGCAGCGCAUCGAGCUCGAGGAGGAGACCACCGCCAUCGUCACCAACACCUUCACCACGCUGCAGCAGGAGGUCGACCACAAGACGCAGAGGUUGAAGAAGUGCCUGUCCCGGUACGCGAGCCUGCGCGAGGAGGCGGUGGAGCAGCGCGAGGCGCACGACGGCGAGCGGCGCGAGCUGGAGGCGCUGCAGGCCGCGCUCAUCGCCGAGCUGCGCCGCCGCCUGCUGGUGGCCGACUCCUUCCUGCCCGACGCCGGCCGCCCCGCCGUGCUGCGCGCGCGCUACUGCGACGACUCCGACACCUGGCAGCUGCAGCAGCACAGUGGCGUGGAGCCGCUGACGACGCGGCCGGUGGCGGCGGCGGGGCGGCGGCGGCCCACGUGCGCGGCGGCGCUGGCGGCGCGGCUGCCGCGGCACCGCGCGGAGGACGUGCUGGAGCUGGCGCCGCUGCCGCUGCCCGCCACCACGCGCGCCUACACGCCGCCGCGCCGCCCGCCCGCGCCGCCGCCCAGCAAGAAGGAGGCGGAGCUGGAGGCCGUGCCCGCGGCGCGGCGGUCGGCGCGGCCGGCGCGGCCCAGCACGGCGCACCAGCGGCUCGGCACGGCGGGGGUGCGGUAGGCGGGCGGCGUGGCUGCUGCAGGCAGCAGGCGGGUGCGGUAGGUGCUGCAGGCGCCGUGUUCCCGCAGAGUGCAUGACUCACUCGGCGAGCGAGCACGCGGCGCCGGGUCGAGUACGGAGCGUCGAGCGGCGUCGGCCGCGUGACGUCACGAGCCGCCACAUGAUCUCACUUAACUUAAUUCCCAGUAUUUAGCAAGGCAAAGAACCCUUAUGUGUUAAUUUGAGUACGUAUGUAUAAGCCGUAGCUACUCGGGAGCGCUUCGCUCUGCGCUCGUAUUGUUUAGGUUGUUGUUUGUUUUAUAAGAUUUUAUUUUACCAUUGUUGUCUUUUUGUUUUUGUAAAAUUUUAUUUUGUGCCUCGAUACCAACACACGUGUUUGAGCUAGUGAUAUUAGAUAGUUUACGACGAUUAUGUAUUACGUUCUACUGUGAAAUUAUUUAGAAUUUCUAUAAUGAGAAUGAAAUUGCUGUGUAAAUAGGUGGCUCGGCACCGCGAGCGAUGUGAUCAGUAAUGUAUGUUCAAAUGUGUUACCAAAGAUGGAGCAGUCCAUUCCGAAUGUCCACACCGGCCCACUUGUUCCUUUAUAUGUGAAAUUCAUUUGUGGAUAUAUUAAUAUAAUUUCUAAACAGUUUCUAGUCAAUGAUGAUGAAUUAUAUUCUUGUAUACAAAUAUUGUAAAUAAUAAUAAUACGGUAUUUUAGGUAUUUAAAAGUAUCCUUAUUACGGAGAAUGAACUAGUGUAAGUAGGUUGCUAAUUAGCGCACAAUACUUUUGAAUACCGUCGAGCGACGCCGCGACGCCGCCAGGCUCAGGCCUCUACUCGCUUACAAUUUUGUUAAAACAAUUUUUCCAACGUGAAUGAAUUAUAUAUUUUGGGAUCGUAAGUUAUUUAUAAUGUAUCAUUGUAUUGGCUUUAUAUUUAAUUUAAAUUAUGAAUGGAGAUGAUCAUGUAUUGUGAUAUAUAAUUUGGUAACUGCUAGUCAGUCGUGCCGCAUACACGCUUAUACUCACUAAUGAAAUAUAAAUUUUAAAUUUUA